CGCCUUCCCUUCCCCUUCGACACAGGCCAGGACGGCAGACUGACGAGCCCCGCCAUGGAAUUCCUGAAAAACGCCUCGAUUGCCAACAAGCCCCCGCCGCCGCCGCCGCCUCUGUCCUCCGCCGCCGCCCCCGCGCCCACCGAGGGGGGAGGAGGGGGGCAACGGUACGUCAAGAUGAACCACGAGGACCUGGUCAACGAGAACGUGGAGGUGGGCCUGCUCUUCUGCUCCAAGGCGGUGGUGCAGCUCAUCACCAACCCCUUCAUCGGACCACUCACGCACAGGAUUGGCUACAGUCUGCCCAUGUUUGCCGGCUUCGUCAUCAUGUUCCUCUCCACACUGAUCUUCGCGUUCGGCAGUAGCUACCUGGUGCUGUUCAUCGCCAGGGCUGUGCAGGGCAUCGGCUCAUCCUGCUCCUCGGUGUCAGGCAUGGGCAUGUUGGCUGAGCGGUACCCUGACGACAAGGAGCGCGGCAACGCCAUGGGCAUCGCGCUGGGCGGCCUGGCCCUGGGCGUGCUGAUCGGCCCUCCCUUCGGCGGCGUCAUGUUCCAGUUCGUGGGCAAGACGGCCCCCUUCCUCAUCCUGGCGGUGCUGGCGCUGGGUGACGGACUCCUGCAGCUCCUCGUCCUGCAGCCUGCCAUCAAGAAGCAGGAGGAUGAGGCGCCCACUCUUGUCGAGCUCAUCAGUGACCCCUACAUCGUCAUUGCGGCAGGCGCCAUCACCUUCGCCAACAUGGGCAUCGGUAUGCUGGAGCCGUCACUGCCGCUGUGGAUGAUGGACACGAUGGACGCACCGGAGUGGCAGCUGGGCAUCGUGUUCAUCCCCGCCUCCAUCUCCUACCUGAUCGGCACCAACCUCUUCGGCCCGCUCGGACACCUCAUGGGGCGAUGGCUGGCCUCCCUGCUCGGCCUCUUCGUCAUUGGGAUCUGCUUGAUGAGCAUCCCGUCGGCCACGCAGAUCAACCACCUGAUUGCACCCAACGCCGGCCUGGGCUUCGCCAUCGGCAUGGUGGACUCCUCCAUGAUGCCGGAGCUCGGCUACCUCGUCGACCUGCGACACUCAGCGGUCUACGGCUCCGUCUACUCCAUCGGCGACGUGGCCUUCUGCCUCGGCUUCGCUAUCGGCCCCGCCCUGUCCGGCACGCUGGUCCAGACGUUCGGCUUCAAGUGGAUGUUGUACGGCGUCGCGAUCAUCAACUUCCUGUACGCGCCCUUCAUGUACUGCCUCAAGUCCCCGCCCGCCAAGGAGGGCGAGCAGCAGGGGUUGAUCUACGGAGAGAAGUCCUCGGUUCGCUACGUGACUUACAAGAAUGAGGAAGAGGAGUAAGAACACGACGCCAACACAACCGAGACAGGAAUAAGACGAAAGGAGGACAAGAGGAAGACAAGGGGAAGACGAGAACUAAAACUAGGAGAAUAAAUAACAAGAACAAAAAUAAGAAGAACAAGAAAAAAAAGAGAAAAAAAGGAAGAAAGGAUAGCACGUCACCAGAAAGUUCGGCCACAAGAGCAACUAGAACUGGUGACUCUACUCUGCACCACACUCUCAACUCCAAGCUAAGAUCAGACAUAUUUCAAACAGUGUUCAAUAUAACUUCUCUUUCUUCUCCACUCAGGCAGCAUUAGGAAGACAAAGUGGUAUGUACAUUCAAAGGAGGUUUACAUGUUAUCGUGUGUGUUUAAUUGCUGUGCGCGGAAGUUCUUGAAUGUCGGAAGCAAAGUCGAAAUUAUUAAAGUCGUAAAAUUAAGGAAGCAAAAGUGAAAAAGAGAAAUAACUGGGUUUGAAAAUGUACGGAAAGCGUGAAGUCGUGAAAUGAGGGAAGCAAGAAAAUGAAAAUAAUAAAUAGUUGGGGUUUAAGAAUAUAGUGAAAUUACAGUCAUGACGCGAAAGACUCGAAAAAGAAAUCCAAGUAAUCAGUCUUUUUAAUUAUAGUAAUGUUCCAACGUGAAGAAAUCAAGGAAAAGAAAUUAAAAAAGAAAUUGGUUAAAAAAAAUUACUGAAACUAGAAACCCAUAAAACCAAAUACGACUCAAAAUGAAAGUAUAAGGCGUUAGAGAAAAAAAAUGACGAAAUGAGAAACUCUUGACACUAUGAAUAUAAUUAGUGAAAAAAUGCGUUUCAGAAAAAGCUAAAAAGGGAAGUUGAAAAAUAGAGGAGAAACCGAAAAAUAGAAUUAAGAUAUUACGUAAAUUUUACAAAAGAUCUUUAUGAAGACUUGAUUAAUUAUGAUUCUUUAGAGAAGGGAGGAAGAGCUGGACGAAAGAUGAAUAUGAGAAAAAUGGAAAAGCAGAGACAUUAAUAUAAGGAGAGUUAAAGAAAUGAGAGAUGACGCAAUCGAAUUCAAUACAAAAUGGUGGCGAGAAAAGAAAAGGAAAAAAAGGAAAUUGUGAAGAUUUAAGAAAGAAAAGUCAUGAAAAAUCGAGAACAUAAUAAUAAUAAUAAUAAUAAUAAUAAUAAUAAUAAUAAUAAUAAUAAUAAUAAUAAUAAUAAUAAUAAUAAUAAUAAUAAUAA